AAAGUUAACGUUCUGAAGAGUCUGAAUAUAGCGGCAAAAUUUAACGUUUAAAGUCUCUAUGCGUUUUCAAACACUCUGUCAGGAAUUCACUUGUUUAGGUAUCCUAAAAAUGAUUUUAUCAAUAUAAUACGUUAAACGAUUAUUGAAAAAGACAACUUAGAAUAGACAUUGAUAAUUGUAACAUAAGUAAUGCAUAUUGCAUCAUAUUCUACAAUAUAUUAUACGUUGUCUUAUCUACGCUGUCUUAUUUAAGCUGAUUUACUUUAUAAAACUAUCUCUUCAAUUUAUAUCUUUGAAUUAAUACAUUCAAAGGAUCAUUUAACAAAGAGAAAAAAGGAUAUUUACUUAUAUUUAGUAAGUGUGUAUUAAUUAAUAACAAUUAUUGAAUAAUAAGAAGAUUUGGUAAUCUAUUACGCAUAACCUUACUUAAAUCAUUGUUCUCAAUAAUAUACAUUUGAAAUAUAUAAUAAUCGAACAAUAAUGGCUUUUGACAAUUCAUGGGAUAUUAUUAAACAAGUAGCUGAUGAGAAUAAACACGAAUUAGUUUUAACUGGUCCAUCAGUUUCUCGUUUGAUUGCUGAAAAUGGUUUGGAUAAAACGCUUUUUAAUCUUAACAAUUUAAAUUAUUUAAAUAUUACUCAUACGUGUCUUCAAGAAGUACCUGAAGAAAUAGGAAAAUUGCAUAACCUUGCCACAUUGGUAUUACAUUCAAAUGAGAUAAAAAAGUUACCCGAGUCUAUUGAAAAAUUGACCAAAUUGAAAUUUCUUCAUUGUUCGCAAAAUAAAUUGACUUCUUUGCCAAAUGCUGUUGGAAAUCUUCCUCAAUUGAGUAGCAUCAAUUUUGGUUCUAAUUUAUUGCAAUCUAUACCGUGUCAAAUGAAAAAUAUUAAAUUGACUACGUUAGAUUUGUCUAAUAAUCAAUUGGAAGUAUUUCCUGAUGUAUGUUAUACCGAAUUAGUUCAUCUUUCUGAAAUCCAUGUUAACAAGAAUCUGAUUAAAAGUAUCUCUGGAGAAAUAUCUCGUCUGCAAGUUUUAAAAGUUCUCAACAUAGCUGAUAAUCAACUUACAGCUGUUCCUGGUGAAUUAGCAGAUUGUCAUAAAUUAAAAGAAUUGAAUUUAAAAAAUAAUUCAUUGACUGAUAAAAGAUUAGCAAAGUUGGUUGACCAGUGCCAUACAAAGCAAGUACUAGAAUAUGUCAAAUUACAUUGUCCAAAACAAAAUCCUUCUAAUAAUGUUACAAGUAAAUCAAAAAAGGGGAAAAAGGGUAAUAAGUUAUCUGAAAGUGAAAAUGCUGCGGCUCAGGUAGAUGCUUUAGCGCAUAAAUUGAAAGUAUUGAAAACAUCUGAUAGUACUUUAUCGAUAAAAAUCACUCAACAUGUGAAAAAUGUUAGACCUUAUAUAACUGCAUGUAUUAUAAGAGAUUUAGUAUUUACACCAGACACAUUAAAAAAGUUUAUACAAUUACAAACUAAAUUACACGAUGGAAUAUGUGAAAAAAGAAAUGCUGCUACAAUAGCCACACAUGAUUUGGAUCAAAUUGUACCAGGUGAUUUAACAUAUACAGCUAAGCCACCAAUGGAAUUAGAAAUACAACCAUUACAGAGAAAUAAAAAUUACACUGGUAUAGAAUUAUUUCAACAAUUACAAAAAGAGGCUGAUAAUUUGCGUAAAGAAAAAAAGAGAAAUGUAUAUUCUGGUAUACAUAAAUACUUGUAUUUACUAGAAGGUAAAUCAUUAUAUCCUUGUCUUGUAGACACCAAAGAUCAAGUUAUAUCAUUUCCACCAAUUUGUAAUAGUGACUUAACAAAAAUGUUGCCAACAACAAAAAAUAUGUUAGUAGAAGUAACAAGUGCCACGUCAUAUCAAGUUUGCAGAAAUGUACUCGAUGAAUUUUUAAAAGAAUUAAUUAUCUCAGGUAUUGGUAGUACACCUUCAGAUAAUGAAAAUAAUCAGUAUCAUAAUUUAAAAAUAGAACAAGUGAAAAUAGUUGACACAGAUGGUAAUCUGAAAGUUGUCUAUCCUUCAAGAGCAGAUUUAAACUUUAAAGAAGAGAAUAUUAUCGCUUUGCGAGAUUAAUAUGUUAAUUGCAUUGUUAUUGACUGGAUAUAAUAUAACAUUUUCUUGGUUACCGAUUUAAACUGUAAGAGAUCGAUUAAUGUUAGUUGUAGAUUUUUGAGAAAAGCACAAAUUCUUUAUUAUUAUUAUUAUUAUUAUUAUUACAUAUAAUAGUUUUAUAUAUUUUAUACAAAGCUUUCAUCUUUAUAUAAAAGUAAGACUACUUUUUACCAAGCAGUUUCAAAAUAAUGUCGAAAACAUUUUUAUAUGAGUUAUGUAGUAAUUAGUCUUUUUCCGUUUCUUGUGUUUGCAUGUAGAGAAGUGUGUUUUUUAGUAGGUAACUUUUUCUUAAAAUAUAUAUAUAAAAGUAUUAAUCAAAAAGAUUUUGAAAAAUUUUCCUUUUUUUGUUUUUAUAUAUCUUGAGUGAUAGCAUUGUAAGAAUAUAGCGUAAACAUUUUCAAAAGAAUUUUCUAAAGAUACAACUAUUAAUAUAAUUUCAUAUAGAUAGAGUGGUAAAAAAAAGGUUUGAUAAUUACAGGACUUCUAAUUCUCUGAGAUAAGUAAAACAAUGUCUAAAUAACAUGGAUUUCUAAAAUCAACCCUUUAUUAUUUAUGAGUGUUCAAUAUUAUAAUUUUUUUUUAUUAAUAAUAUACUGGAUGUAUACAGAA